AUGACGAAGCGGAAGUUCAAAGUGCAAAUGGAUGGCGCUUACGGCAACGGCAUACGAAUGAAGCGGCGACAUCGCAAGGAGAAGACUUCCAAGGAGCCCGAGGAUGGGCCAAACUCAUCGCAGCCAAGCAAGGUACUAAGACCAGGUGGAGAGGAGAUGAGCGCACCCAUCCCGGUGAUAGACCCUAAUGGUCUCAGCCGACCAGGCAUCGGCACUCGAACCAGGAUUGAAGAGUCUCCCGAGCAAAGCGUAAAGCGCCUCGGCAAGCUGGGAGAUGCCGUGAGAACCAUGCUCGAAUGUAUUGGCGAAAAUCCCGACCGGCCAGGUGUCCUCAACACACCCGAACGAUACGCGAAGGCGAUGAUGUUCUUGACGCAGGGCUAUGGUCAGAACAUCCAUGAGAUUGUCAACAACGCCAUCUUCCAUGAAGGUCACCACGAGAUGGUGAUUGUCAAGGACAUCGACAUCUUCAGCAUUUGCGAGCACCACAUGCUCCCAUUCAUCGGGAAGAUGCACAUUGCUUACAUUCCUUACCACUCGGUCAUUGGUAUCUCCAAGCUACCCCGGAUCGCCGAGAUGUUUAGCCGGCGUUUGCAGAUCCAAGAGAGACUAACCAAGGAUGUUGCAAACACUAUCAUGGAGGUGCUUCAACCCCAAGGUGUAGCAGUGGUUAUGGAAGCGAGUCAUUUAUGCAUGAUCUGA